ACCCCCAGGUUACCUGUCUUUUUGCCCAGCUCCACUCCAACCGCCGGCCCCCAUCUCCUGUGCUCCCCGCUCUCCAGCCAUGGCGUUGCCCACCGCCUGGAGCCACCUCGUGCUCCUACUCGCCGUCCUCCUCCAGCUCGUCGCCUCGGCCGCCUCCGUGCCGCACAGGCACCGCCUCCCGGCGCACCGCCUCGCCUCGCUCAACGCGUCGGCGCCGCCGACCACCUACUUCGAGGUGGACCGCCCGAUCCGCCCGCCGCAGGGCAGCUUCGAGGGCCCCUGCUCGGCGCUGCUCCUCUCCAGCUCCUUCGGCGCCACCUACGGCAAACCACCGGUCACCGCCGCCUACGCGCCGCCCGCGUGCCUCGCCGCGGCGCGCGCCCGGGGCGGGUCCCUCGCGCUCGCAGUGCUCGAGUGGAGCGCCGACUGCCGCGGCCGCCAGUUCGACCGCAUCUUCGGCGUCUGGAUCUCCGGCGCCGAGCUCCUCCGCAGCUGCACCGCCGAGCCCCGGGCCACCGGCAUCGUCUGGUCCGUCUCCCGCGACGUCACCAGGUAUGCUGCCCUCCUGGCCGAGCCCGGGGAGAUCGCGGUGUACCUCGGAAAUCUCGUCGACAGCACCUACACGGGCAUCUACAACGUCAACCUCACGCUCCACCUCUAUUUCCACGCCGCGCCCCCGCCGCUGACGCAGCAGGCGGAUCUGAUCGUACCCGUCUCGAGGAGCUUGCCUCUGAACGACGGCCAGUGGUUCGCCGUCCAGAAUGCCACCGACUUGGAAUCCAAGAAGAUUUCUAUUCCGUCGAACACCUACAGGGCGGUCCUUGAGGUGUUCGUUUCGUUCCACUCCAAUGACGAGUUCUGGUACACGAACCCUCCCAACGAGUACAUCGAGGCUAACAAUUUGUCCAGUGUUCCUGGAAAUGGCGCCUUCAGGGAGGUUGUUGUGAAGGUCGACCAAGACAUCGUCGGUGCUGUUUGGCCGUUCACUGUUAUCUACACUGGUGGUGUCAACCCGCUGCUGUGGCGGCCGAUCACCGGCAUUGGCUCAUUCAAUCUACCUACCUAUGACAUUGACAUCACACCAUUCUUGGGCAAGCUCCUUGACGGCAAGGAGCACGAUUUUGGGUUUAGUGUGACCAAUGCAUUGGACGUAUGGUACAUUGAUGCCAAUUUGCAUCUGUGGUUGGAUCACAAGAGCGAGAAGACAAUUGGGAGCUUGAUCAGCUACGAUGUGCCUGCAUUGGUGCUGAACGUUGACUCUGGGUUCAGUGGGCUGGAUGGGAAGUUUGUUACGAGCGCAAGCCGGCAUAUCUCGGCCACCGGGUGGGUGAAAUCAUCAUAUGGUGAGGUCACCACGACUUUCUACCAGACAUUCACCUAUGACAACAGCAACAUGUAUACGAAGAAUGGCACGGUGCAGGCUGUGAACCAAACGAUUGAUGCAAAGUCUGGUGUUUUCGUCAAGGAUACUUCUGCUGUUCUUCUCUCGGAGGAAGUUCAUGAGGUGUUCCCGCUGUAUGUCUAUACCGGAACGUCAGAUCAGGUGGGCGAUGAGUACUCAUUGGUUUCACUUGUCAAAUUGGGCAUCAAUGAGAAGAGGAUCUCAGGUGGAAAGCACGGGUUCUUGUACAGCAAUCUGCGGAAUGCACAGUCCGCACGAGGCACUAUGAAGGUGAAGAAGAAUUUGGUGGUUAGUGGAUUGGGGCAGACCCAUCAGGUGUAUAAAUAUGUGGGUACUGAUGGAUGCUACUUCAGGGAUGUGAGCAGCAAGAAUUACACUAUAAUCUCUGACAACUUCGAUGAUUCUUGCUCAAAGAGAUCUCCAUCUAGUGGUGUCAAGUUCUCCUCAAAUAAAGAUCAACCAGCAAGAAAGCUGCUGAAGCUGCACACGCACUGUAAUCUAAUGUGUGUAAUGUCAGCUGCAUCACAUUGUUUAAACCCAAGAUGCUUCCAGCAGCUCCACCCCCCACUACUCUCUCAGCAGUCAAGCUCCAGCCGCCCAGCCAUGGCAUCGCCGACGACCUGCUCCUGCCUGCUCUUCCUCCUCGCGCUCCUCCUCCCUCUCGGGGCGGUCCCCGUGCCGCUCAAGCACCGCUUCCCGCCACUCGACCUCGCCUCCUCCUUUAACGCCUCGGAGCCGCCCACGACCUUCUUCGAGGUGGACCGCCCGAUCCGGCCGCCGCGCGGCAGCGCCGGGCCCUGCUCCGCGCUCCUCCUCUCCGGAUCCUUCGGCUACACCUACGGCCAGCCGCCGUCCACCGCCGCCUACGCGCUGCCCGAGUGCCUCGCCGCCGCGCGCGCCGGGGGCGGGUCAAUCGCGCUCGCGGUGCUCGAGUGGAGCGCCGAGUGCCGCGGCCGCCAGUUCGACCGCAUCUUCGGCGUCUGGCUCUCCGGCGCCGAGCUCCUCCGCAGCUGCACCGCCGAGCCGCGCCCCAACGGCAUCCUCUGGUCGGUCUCCCGCGACGUCACCAGGUACGCCGCCCUUCUCUCCGAGCCCGGCGAGAUCGCGGUGUACCUCGGCAACAUCGUCGACGGCACAUACACCGGCGUCUAUCACGCCAACCUCACGCUCCACCUCUACUUCCACUCCGCGCCGCCGCGGCCCCAGCAGCAGCAACAGCAUGCCGAUUUGAUCUUGCCCAUCUCAAGAAGCCUACCUUUGAACGAUGGGCAGUGGUUCGCUAUCCAGGAUUCCACCGAUGUGCAGUCCAAGAAGCUUGCCAUUCCGUCGAACACCUACAAGGCGGUCCUCGAGGUGUUCAUCUCGUUCCACUCCAAUGACGAGUUCUGGUACACGAACCCUCCCAACGAGUACAUUGAGGCCAACAACAUAUACAGCGUUCCUGGAAAUGGCGCCUUCCGGGAGGUUGUUGUUAAGGUUGAUCAAGACGUUGUUGGUGCUAUUUGGCCAUUCACUGUUAUCUACACUGGUGGUGUCAACCCACUUCUGUGGCGGCCGAUCACCGGUGUUGGCUCAUUCGAUCUCCCAACGUAUGACAUCGACAUCACGCCAUUUCUGGGGAAGCUCUUGGAUGGCAAGGAGCAUGAUUUUUGGUUUGGUGUGACAAAUGCAUUGGAUGUAUGGUACAUUGAUGCCAAUUUGCACCUUUGGUUGGAUCAAAACAGUAGCAAGACAUCUGGAAGCUUGGUCAGCUAUGAUGUGCCUGCAUUGGCACUCAACGUGGAUUCAGUGUUCAGGGGGCUGGAUGGGCGGUUUGUGACGAGCGCAAGCCGGAAUGUCUCCGCUACUGGGUGGGUGGAAUCCUCGCAUGGAAAGAUCAUGACAACUUUCUACCAGAGAUUCAGCUACCGUAACAGCAAUGUGUAUAGCAAGAAUGGCAGAGUGCAAGUGGUGAACCAGAAUAUCGAUGCAAAUUCUGGUGUUUUCGCCACGAACGGCACCGUGCUGCUCUCAGAAGAAGUUCACCAGGUCUUCCCGCUCUAUGUUUUCUCUGGGACCUCGGAUGAAGUGGAUGAUGAGUACUCGCAGAUUUCAGUUGUCAAGCUGGGCAUCAAUGAGCAGAGGAUCUCUGGUGGGAUACAUGGUUUCUCAAACAGCUCCCUGCAGGAUGCGCAGUCGGGACGCGGUAGCAUGAGGGUGAAAAAGAAUUUGGUGAUUGCUGGCUUGGGAGAGACCCAUCAGGUGUAUAAAUACAUUGGUACAGAUGGAUGCUACUUCAGAGAUGUGAGCAGCAAGAACUGCAGUGUCAUUUUCGACCACUCUGAUGAUUCAUGCUUGAAGGGAUCUCGACAUGAUUGGCUCGGAUUCUCCUCCAUGUAAAAGUCUAAUUAUCAGUGGCAGGGUGCUAGAUAAAAGUUGGUGGUGAUCGAACUGUACAGCUAGAGAGCUCAGUCGUUCUGGGAGUCUCCCAAAAGCUAUCUUAUGCCUCAGUAGUGGGUAGAUAUCUUGGGAAUUUCUGUAAAAAUACGCUGCUUCUAAUUACUAGUAAUCUCAGUUGUAUCAUUUAUCUGUGUUAUUUGGUAUGUAGUUGUUCUGCUUUGCACGAAUUAUGACUCAGUAUACCGCUAGUACUUACUGUAGUAAUCAA